AUGGCUGGACAAUUCGUUCGGAAUAACCCUGGUGCCUUGGGUGAGCUGCAGCAGAACCACCAGGAUGUCGCUCCUCGCUCUCCAAGAAAAUCCCGUGAUGAACCUCGAGCUGGUGCCCAGUCACCCACAAAGUCUGCCCUGGGCAAGCUUACAUUCCGAUCCAAUACCGACAAGGAGACGGCGCGGAUGGCCAAGUCCCGAGAUCCAUCGCCAGACAAGAAGCCCAAGAAAACCAAGUCGGGAACCAAUCUCGUAGGACUGCUGUCACGACCGAAGUCGCUCAAGAACUUGUACAAGCUGGCUACUGAAGAAGAGAGCCGAACAAAAGAUAAGGAGAAUAUGACGCCCGAUGUGACACCCGUCAAUGAACGACCACCGCCGAUUUUCGCCCAGUUCACUUCCGACCGAGCCAUGAGGCAGGGGAGCAGUUCUGAAAACACCCCAAUUCAAGCUACCAAGGACCGCCCCAGGUCGUUCCAGCCUCCAAAGCCACAUCACGAUCUUUCACAGUCCUCGUCACCCUCCAAGACGGGCGGUCGUGCUACGCGGCCCGUGUCUUUGCACCCGGGUCAAACCCCUCGCGGUAAAGGUCCUUUCGGCCAUGGCCGCGCCAAAUCCACGGCCACGACCCCGACGAAUACGUCCUCUGAACUGCAAAUCGACCCAAAAGAUAUUGAUCAGCAGCUGGAGGCUCUUCUGGAUCGUCGGAACAUUCCCGAAAACCAGCGAUACAAGAUGCGUAACUUGGCCGACACCAUCAAGCUCGAGUUUAUCCGUCAGGAUUACGCCGAGAUGCAGGCCGCUAGAGCCGAUGGGCCCGGAACUACAGGUACGACAGGCAGUACGAGCAGUUCCGAACAGGCCCUUGUCAGCGACCCAAAUAGUCCUACUGAGGAUGAGGAGAGACCAAAGCGCAGCCGCGGAAGAAGCUUUACAUUUUCCCGAGGCAAGAAGGAUUCUAGCUCGCCAGCAAAGAAGUCCAAGGCAGAAUCAACUCUUGGUCGUCAUUUCAGAAGCCGAUCCACAGACAGUGUCGCUUCUGAUGCCCGUCCUUCCUCCUCUUCGUCGUUCAAGGGAUCCGGGUUCCUCUCCAAGAUCAAGGCUCAGCAAGGCCCGUCUGACUACGUCGCGUACCUCAGAAAGGUACAGAAGCCGGAACUGGUAGAGGUUGGAAAGCUUCACAAGCUACGUCUCUUGUUGCGGAAUGAAACUGUGGCGUGGAUUGAAGACUUUAUACAGCAAGGCGGCAUGCACGAGAUUGUUGGGUUGCUGAACCGUAUCAUGGAGGUUGAGUGGAGAGAGGAGCACGAGGAUGCUUUGUUGCAUGAGAACUUGCUGUGUUUGAAGGGCCUCGCCACCACUGCCAAGGCUAUGGAAUAUCUCAAUGCUGUUCAAGCGGAUCUGUUCCCGAAGCUGUUGCAUAUGCUCUUCGACCCAGAGAAGAAAGGACCCAGCGAGUUUACUACUCGAAACAUUAUUACGUCAGUUCUUCUAACAUAUAUAGAGUCUGCUCCACUGGUGGAACGCGUUAUCAGAGCCAAGAAUGUGCUCGGUCAUCUUCGAGAUAAGGAUCCAGAAGAAGGCCAGCGUCCACUUCCAUUCGUCUUGGAGAUGAGACAAGAACGACCAUACCGGGUUUGGUGCAAGGAAGUGGUCUCUGUGACAAAAGAAGUCUUCUGGAUUUUCCUGCACAACUUGAAUGUCGUUGCGUUGGCCAGUGACAAGGCGGCACGGUCUACUGCUCAAGAAGGCUACUUUGCUAGCAACGAGGACCGUGACGGCCCAUUUGGAUAUAUGCUGCGUAAUUUCCCCCAGGAGCGUCCACCAGUCCCUGCUGCCCCAUAUGUCGGGGGUGUCGAAUGGGAUGCGACAAACUACCUCGCUUCUCAUCUGGACCUCAUGAACGCCAUCAUCGCUUGCACUCCUUCCGCCCGCGAGCGAAAUAUCCUGCGAGCCGAGUUCCGCAUCUCAGGGUGGGAACGAUGCCUCGGCGGCAGUCUCCGUAUCUGCAAGGAGAAGUUCUACGGCAGUGUACACGUCGCUCUGCGAACAUGGGUUGCUGCUGCAGCCGAGGAUGGCUGGGACGUCAAGGAUGUCCGGUUCGGUCCUCCUCCCGAGUCGAGGUCUCCCAAGAAGAUGGGCGGCGGUCAGAAGCCCAAGAUUAUUGAAGCACCGCCAAAGUUGGAAAUGCCCAAGCUCGAUUUUGGGGCCAACCAGCCCUCGAAGGAUUCUUGGCUGUAA